CGAGCUGGUUUCCUCUCCGGCUUGCUCCUCGGCGCUGCGCAAGUGUCAUGCCAAAGCUGCAGCGUUAGCAGGCUCGUUUCCCCGUCUUUUUCACCCUCCAGCGGGGAGAUCCCUCAUUUCUCCCGUACUCUUCUUCCUCGAACCGCACAGGCUUUUGUUGCUGCUUGGACAUGCCGAACAUCGUGCUUUUCAGCGGGAGCUCCCAUCACGACCUUUCCCAAAAAGUGGCCGAUCGGCUCGGGCUGGAGCUGGGGAAGGUGAUCACGAAAAAGUUCAGUAACCAGGAGACAUGUGUGGAAAUCGGCGAGAGUGUGCGUGGCGAGGACGUUUACAUCGUCCAGAGCGGAUGUGGAGAGAUCAACGACAACCUGAUGGAGCUUCUCAUCAUGAUCAACGCCUGUAAGAUCGCCUCGGCGUCCCGUGUCACUGCCGUCAUCCCCUGCUUCCCAUAUGCUCGGCAGGACAAGAAGGACAAGAGUCGUGCACCCAUCUCGGCCAAGCUGGUGGCGAACAUGCUGUCUGUGGCCGGAGCGGACCACAUCAUCACCAUGGACCUGCACGCCUCGCAGAUCCAGGGCUUCUUUGACAUUGCGGUGGACAACCUGUACGCAGAGCCGGCAGUCCUCCAGUGGGUCAGGGAGAACAUCCCGGAGUGGAAGAACUGCAUCAUUGUGUCUCCGGAUGCCGGAGGAGCUAAGCGGGUGACGUCCAUCGCUGACCGUCUCAACGUGGACUUUGCCCUCAUCCAUAAGGAGAGGAAGAAGGCCAACGAGGUGGAUCGCAUGGUUCUGGUCGGGGACGUGAAGGACCGUGUUGCCAUCCUGGUGGACGACAUGGCCGACACCUGCGGCACCAUCUGCUACGCGGCAGACAAGUUGAUCGACGCCGGUGCUACCAAGGUCUUUGCCAUCCUCACACAUGGCAUAUUCUCGGGGCCGGCCAUUUCCCGGAUCAACAGCGCCCCGUUUGAGGCCGUGGUGGUGACCAACACCAUCCCUCAGGAGGAAAAGAUGAAGGCGUGUCCAAAGAUACAGGUGAUCGACAUCUCCAUGAUCCUGGCCGAGGCCAUCAGGAGAACCCACAACGGUGAAUCCGUGUCGUACCUCUUCAGCCACGUCCCCCUGUGAACCCCCCCAUCAUCACCACCACCACCAGGCCGCCCCCCAGACGGCACUUCAUCCUGCAGCAAAGCCCUAAAGGGCCAAAAAACAUGUGACUCUCUACAGAAACCCCACACCUCUCCUCUGGAGGUCGUAUUUAUGAGCACGUUUCUCUUCUGUUUACUUCCUGCUCCAGCUGCAGCUCUGACCCCUGGGGACCGGCUCUUCUGCUAAAGGGUCCAGUCCGUCACACCGUGUCAUGUAGACUCACUUUAGAUGGUGCAUCCUCUCUGGCAUGUAGAAACUAAAGCAUGUAACAACCCCCCCCCCCCCCCCCCCCCAGCAGCCUGGUUCUGAUGUAACUGAUGACAUCAGAGUGUAACAGCUAUUCUAAUGAUGUUGAUGGGAUCAAAGCCCUGCUAGCCAGCCCGUUUCUUUCCGUUCCUUUGAGAUGCAGCGACUGUUUCGGUGCUUCUCCUGCAGACUGUCAUCAGCUAUUAUGAUGGCUCAGAUCUAGUCUCUCUCUAAUCUGGGGUGGAGCUUCUCCUCCACGCUGCUAAGGUCAUGGGAACUGAUUCAUCCUGAAGCUUUUGUUAGUUUUGAGUUUUAAGCUUUGAUUUGUGUUGAAUCGGCAUCAUGAUCACAGCUGGACCGGGCCACUCCUCCUCAGGAAAGGAUCUGAAGGUUCUAGUUCGCCUCAAAACAGAAUAAAAACAAAUGUGGUGAUUUUUUUUUAAAUAUCAUGAGAAAAUUUGUUUCUUUUAAUAGUAAACCUAAAAAUUGCCAACAGG